AUGUUUCUUGAAAUUACUUUUAUAAUCAAAAUGAAAUCCUUAUAAAGAGAAGCAAUUGAUUCACAAAAAAAUCAAUUAAGAAACAUUCUUUAGGAUAUUCUUCAAAUCGACAAUCCAAAUUUUCAUCAGUCCAAAAGACCACCCAUCGAAUAAAUCAUGGAACUCAGACAAAUCCAAUUAUUUAAUAUUUUAUUUUAUUACAGCAUCACAAUUUAAUCAUAAAAUCAAAAAGAAGCCCAAAUUUCAUCCAUCUUUCAUUUAUAUAUUUGA